AUGACGGCCGACGAGGAAGAAAGAGCCAACGCUUCGAGAGCGCUAAGGCUGGCAGGGUGGGGCUCGAUUUUCUAUCUCAUCACGACGGACAUCCUGGGCCCGUUCAAUGCUCCGUAUGCCAUAUCGCAGGUUGGGUGGGUUCCUGGAGUAGUGCUUUAUUUCGUUAUGGGCAUUAUGGCGCUCUACACCGGGUUGAUCCUUUGGCGGCUGUUCAUUCGCCUAGAUUCUGUUCGAUAUCCACUGAAGACGUACGCUGACAUAGCUGAACGAAUCUUCGGGCGCGGGGCGAGGCAUGUGGUGAACAUCCUGCAGAGUAUUCAGUUGUUGGUUAAUGUCGCUACAAUUUGUCUCGCGAAUGGACAAUCACUUUCGCAGAUUUCCAAAGGGAGGCUUUGCUUCUCGGUCUGCAUCGUUAUUUGGACCGUAGUCGGCUUCGUUAUUGGACAAAUUCGUACGCUCAAGAAUUACGGCUGGCUCGCGAACGGCGCUGUUUGGCUGAAUCUCAUCAUUAUCUUCACUUCUAUGGGAUUCGUGGCACACAGCCCGCCCAACGUCGCCGCGGCCAUGCAAUCUCUCGGCGUGUCCCCUGGUCCCGUCCAGACGCAGUUGUUCGGCACACUCCCCUUGUUCAAGAAGGUCAACGGGAUCAUGAACAUGGUCUUCGCAUACGGCGGAGCGAUGAUCUUCCCCGAGAUGAUGGCUGAGAUGAGGCGCCCGAUGGACUUCUGGAAGGGCAUGACGCUUGCGCAGCUGUUGAUUUUCGUGGCGUAUCUGCUGUAUGGGGCCUUCGUCUAUGCAUUCCAAGGCCAAUUCACCCUUCCGCUUGCGUUCCAGGGCGUUAGCAAGUUUGCGUGGCAGACACUCGGAAAUGUAAUCGCACUCAUUACGGGAAUCAUUGCUGCUGGACUCUACGGAAACAUCGGAAUUAAGGUCAUCUACAUCAACAUCAUCGAGGACUGGUUUGGCGGUCCUAGACUGAUGACGCCCAAAGGUCGCGUCAUCUGGACGAUCAUGGUAUUCGCCUACUGGGCACUCGCCUUUAUUAUUGGCUCCGCCAUCCCGCAAGUACAGACCAUCACUGGCCUCAUCGCGGCCAUCGCCAUCAUGCAAUUCACCUAUUCCUUCCCGCCGCUCCUCCGGUUCGGGUACGACGUCAUCACGGACGCGAUGUCCCAGGACGCGGCGUAUGUGCCAGGAUCCGGUGCUAGUGGGAGGGUGGAUGGUUGGAAGGAGUGGUCGAGGUGGAAGAGGGGUCUGUUCGGAGGAAGGUGGUACUUUAAACUCUUCAACUUUAUUCUCUUCCUCGGGGGUAUGGUGAUGGCUUGUCUUGGGAUGUGGGGAGCUGGUGAGUCUAUCAAAGCGACCUUCGAGCAAUCGGGAGCUGCUACGUCGUUCGGGUGCACGGCUCCGGUAUGA